GACAUCGAUUUAUCAGUACGAAGCUGAAUCAUUCAUUGAACAGGUUUCUGAUUUAUCUCCUCUCAUUCUAUAAAGAUAGAGACACUUCAUCCCUUAAUUUUUCUUUUUUUUUUAUGAGAGUUAACGGAAAAUUUCAGGGAUAUGUAUCGGUGUUUUUCGUAUUCAAAAUGGACUCUAGUGUCGCUGUCACGGCGAUUGUCCAGUAAUCCCGUGAGCAGCUUGUUGCCGGUGCAUGAUGAGUUCAUAGACAGGCACAUCGGACCUAGAGAAUCUGAGCAGAAAUUGAUGCUGCGGCAGUUGGGAUUUCAAAAUAUCGAUGAAUUGAUCAAUCGUACAGUUCCUCAUAACAUCAGACUGAAUCGCUUGCUGGACAUCGAUGAACCAAAAGGUGAACACGAACUGCUGAAUCAUCUACGCCAAAUAGCGGAUAAAAAUGAAGCCUGGAGGUCCUAUAUCGGAAUGGGUUACUAUAAUUGCCUUGUUCCUCACUGUAUACUACGAAACAUAUUUGAAAAUCCUGGAUGGACGACCCAGUAUACUCCGUAUCAGGCGGAGAUUGCACAGGGCAGAUUGGAAAGCCUUCUCAACUAUCAGACAAUGGUGGCAGACAUCACUGGACUGGAUGUUGCCAAUGCCUCUCUACUCGAUGAAGGAACGGCCGCUGCUGAGGCCAUGUCACUCUCCAUCAGAGUGGUCAGGAGGAAGAAGUUCUACUGUUCGGACAAAGUGCAUCCACAAACCAUAGCUGUCGUCAAAACGAGAGCUAGUGCCAUGGGUGUUCGUGUGAUAGUGACAGAUUUCAAGGACAUAGAUCUCACAAAAAAGGACCACUCGGGCAUUCUUUUCCAGUAUCCGGACACGGAGGGAAAGAUUUGCGAUUUCUCACAACUCGUCAAACAAUGCCACAAAGGUGGAGGUGUUGCAGUGUGUGCCACCGAUCUAUUGGCACUGACAGUCUUGAAGCCUCCAGGUGAAUUCGGAGUGGAUGUUGCAGUGGGCACUAGCCAACGAUUUGGUGUCCCCCUCAACUAUGGAGGACCUCAUGCAGGUUUCUUUGCUGUCAGAAACAAAUUCAUUCGUCAUGUUCCGGGAAGAAUGGUUGGAGUUACCAAAGAUUCUUCAGGCAGCCUGGCCUACCGCUUGACCCUGCAGACGAGAGAGCAGCACAUACGGAGGGACAAGGCGACCAGCAACAUCUGCACUGCUCAGGCUCUUCUGGCGAACAUUUCUGCCAUGUAUGCUGUAUAUCAUGGAGCGGAAGGUUUGAUAAAAAUUGCCAAUAAAGUGAACAAUGCCACUCGGCUGCUAGCAGCAGGUGUGAUAGGUGGAGGAAAUCAAUUGCAGUAUGAAAAGUUCUUCGACACCCUCAAAGUCAUUCCAAAAUCGAGUGUGGCGAGUGUUCGAAAGAGGGCGGAACAGAAGAAGAUCAAUCUCAGAUACUUUGAUGACGAUACGGUGGGGGUAUCGUUGGAUGAAACGAUUGAACGGAAGGAUUUGUGUGAUUUACUCUCUGUGUUCGAAUGUCCCCAGACUGUGGAAGAAUUGGCGGAAUCAUUCGAGAAUGAUCUAAAGAAUACUUUUUUCUGGGGUGAAGAAUUUCAACGGAAUCUUAAAGUACUUUCUCAUCCAAUCUUCCAAAAGUAUCGAUCUGAAGCCAGAUUAGUGCGGUACAUGAAAAUCUUGGAAAACAAGGACAUCUCUCUGGUGCAUUCGAUGAUACCUCUAGGAUCUUGCACGAUGAAGUUGAACAGCACCACCGAAAUGAUGCCAUGCUCCUGGCCUAAACUAGUGAAUAUUCACCCUUUUGUUCCACUGAAGCAAGCCCAAGGUUAUCAAUACCUAUUCAAAGACCUAGAGAGAGAUUUGUGUGAAAUCACCGGAUAUGACAGUAUUUCAUUCCAGCCUAAUAGCGGUGCACAAGGAGAGUACGCUGGCCUGAUGACCAUCAUGUCGUACCUUAAAGCAACUGGUCAAGAGAACAGAAAGGUGUGCCUUAUUCCGGUGUCUGCCCACGGCACUAAUCCAGCGAGUGCCCAAAUGGCAGGAAUGAAUGUACAGCCAAUCAAUGUCAUGCCUUCAGGUGACAUCGACAUCGGUCAUCUCAAAGAAAAGCUUGAAGAAUUCAAAGACAGAGUUGGAUGUAUGAUGAUUACUUAUCCAUCUACAAAUGGAAUAUUUGAAGAAGGCAUAAGGGAGAUUUGCGAUCUGGUGCACUCAUAUGGAGGUCAAAUCUAUUUGGAUGGGGCGAACAUGAAUGCUCAGGUUGGCCUUUGUCGUCCGGGUGAUUACGGUUCUGACGUCUCUCACAUUAACCUCCACAAGACAUUUUGCAUUCCACAUGGGGGAGGAGGACCUGGAGUCGGACCCAUCGGAGUAAAGGCUCACCUGGCACCCUUUUUGCCAUCCCAUCCAAUCAUCGAUCCGUUGGAAGGAUCUACCACCAAAUCAUUCGGAGUGGUGAGCGCCGCACCCUGGGGUUCUUCUGCCAUUCUUCCCAUUUCAUGGGCCUACAUAAAAAUGAUGGGACCCAGAGGACUGAAGAAGGCCACAGAAGUCGCCAUCCUCAAUGCCAACUACAUGUGUAAGAAGCUACAGGACCACUACAGCAUUCUGUUCCACGGGAAGAAUGGAACCGUGGCACACGAGUUCAUUAUUGAUGUCAGAGAUUUGAAGAAGACGGCCAACGUCGAAGCUAUGGACAUAGCCAAGAGACUGCAAGACUACGGUUUUCAUGCUCCCACCGUGUCUUGGCCCGUGGCAGGAUCCCUAAUGAUUGAACCCACAGAAUCAGAAGACAAGGACGAACUGGACAGGUUUUGCCAAGCCAUGAUAAAUAUCAGAGAAGAAAUUCGAGAAAUUGAAAUUGGGAAGGCUGAUACUGAAAUGAACGUCUUAAAGAUGGCGCCUCAUACGCAAAAGGUCAUCUGCUCCACUGAAUGGACUCGACCCUAUACAAGAGAACAGGCUGCAUUCCCUGCGGCCUUUGUGCAUCCUGAGACCAAACUGUGGCCAACCGUAGGUCGAAUCGAUGAUGCAUACGGUGAUACCAAUCUCAUGUGUUCCUGUCCACCCGUCUCUGCAUACUCAUCUGAAUAAAGAUUCAUUUUUUCCCCCAACUGUGCUUCUCAAUUUUAUGUUUUUAAGAAAUCAAUAAAUUUCAUUUAUAUUAUUAA